CAGAUUCCAAUUAUACCCUAAAACAGUGCCAGCCGAUUCUUUUCAGUGGCGCAUUCAAAACUAGAAGCUUCUCAGUGUGAGAACUCGUUGGGUUCGCGAUUUUGGGAUUGUGAACAAUCAAAUCAAGUCAAUUCAAAUGUCGGUGACUCUGCACACAAACCUAGGCGACAUCAAGUGCGAAAUCUUCUGCGACGAGGUUCCUAAGACCUCCGAGAAUUUUUUAGCGUUAUGUGCAAGUGGUUACUAUGAUGGGACUAUAUUUCACCGCAACAUCAAAGGUUUUAUGAUUCAAGGUGGAGACCCAACUGGUACUGGCAAAGGAGGGACCAGUAUAUGGGGCAAGAAAUUUAACGAUGAGAUAAGAGAAUCUCUGAAGCACAAUGCAAGGGGAAUAUUGGCAAUGGCUAACAGUGGUCCAAAUACUAAUGGAAGUCAGUUCUUUUUAACUUACGCAAAGCAGCCACAUUUGAAUGGACUAUAUACUGUGUUUGGCAGAGUAAUUCAUGGAUUUGAAGUUCUGGAUCUCAUGGAAAAGACUCAAACAGGGGCAGGGGACCGACCGCUUGCAGAGAUAAGGCUCAAUCGUGUGACACUACAUGCUAACCCUCUUGCUGGUUAGACUUGUCUCGACAGUUCUUUAUGUAAAAUGUUAGUUUCUAUUUCCCAAAAAUUGACCUAACUCAAAGGGGAGAGCCAAGGGAAUUGUUACAUGCUGAAUUUGAGUACUUGUUCAUACUGACUUCUGAUUCAAAGUAGUAAAAUGUACAUCGAAUUAACAUAUUGUUAUGAUAUGCAUGGAAUACAAUAAGCUCAUUUUUAAGGAUUGGUGUCAGUGGCGAAAUUUCACAAUGUUUAGGGCCAAGUGUGUAUAUAUAGCUACCUGAGGUCGAAGUCAUAGUAUAUUGGUGUUGUGAAAUUCCAAGUAUGUAUAACAUGAUGCCACAACAGCAGUUAGUUUGCCAG